CACAUGGCCCUUGCAGCCGACAGAAGCUUGGAGAAGUAGAGUAAAAGUCCAGUGCGGAGCAAUAUCUGUUUUUAUCCGCAAAUACAAACUGUACAUUAUUUCCAAUGAUCCGUUAGUGCUGUUUGUUGAGAAGGAAGCGUUACACUUCAUUAUUAGAUAAACGUGCAAAAUGAAUCGUAAGAGAAUGCUUGCCGUUUCACUGGCUUUUCUCGCUCUCAGUAUAUUCAUUGACAGUACUCAUGGAGUUGCUGUUAUGAGCAUCGACUUUGGCAGCGAAUGGAUGAAAGUUGCCAUCGUAUCGCCUGGAGUGCCGAUGGAAAUAGCUCUAAACAAAGAAUCUAAAAGGAAAACUCCGGUAACAAUCGCAUUUAGAAAUGGAGAGCGUACCUUUGGAGAAGAUGCGCAGGUUGUCGGUGUACGAUUUCCUAAAAACAGCUAUUCCUACAUCUUGGAUCUUUUGGGCAAAUCGAUCGAUCAUCCAUUGGUUAAAUUAUAUCAAACAAGAUUUCCUUACUAUGAGAUUCUUGCGGAUGAAGAACGUGAAACGAUUAUUUUUAAGCACGAUGAGGAGACAUUUUAUACACCUGAAGAAUUACUCGCUCAAAUCUUGUACAAAGGAAAAGAGUUUGCUGAAACAUCUGCCGGUCAAAAAAUAAAUGAGGCUGUAAUUACAGUGCCUGGAUUUUUCAAUCAGGCUGAAAGAAAGGCACUGCUUCAAGCAGCCGAUAUUGCUGGAUUAAAGGUUUUACAGCUUAUAAAUGAUUAUACAGCUGUAGCUUUGAAUUAUGGAAUCUUUCGAAGAAAAGAAAUCAACGAGACUACUCAGUACAUUAUGUUUUUCGAUAUGGGGGCCAGUAGUACGACAGCAACUGUUGUUGGAUAUCAAAAUGUGAAAACAAAAGAAAAAGGUUACGUUGAAACCAAUCCGCAGGUUAGCAUUCUGGGUGUUGGGUAUGAUCGAACACUUGGAGGCCUUGAGAUGCAAAUUCGUCUCCAGAAUUAUUUGGCCAAGGAGUUUGAUGCCAUGAAAAAGACGCCAAAUUCUGUUUUCGAUAGUCCACGUGCCAUGGCUAAACUUUUCAAAGAAGCUGGACGUGUGAAAAAUGUUUUGAGUGCAAAUGCUGAUCAUUAUGCACAAAUUGAAGGAUUGCUUGAUGAAAAAGAUUUCCGCGUACAAGUCACUCGGGAGAAAUUAGAGGAACUGUGCGCAGAUUUGUUUGAACGUGUUGCAAGGCCAAUCAAGACUGCAUUAGAGACUUCAGCUUUAACUAUGGAUAUUAUCUCUCAAAUCGUUUUGGUGGGAGCUGGUACUCGUGUACCUAAGGUACAAGAAAAAUUGACGGAAUUUGUGAAGCUUGAAUUAUCUAAAAACAUCAAUACUGAUGAGGCUGCAGCCAUGGGUGCUGUAUACAAAGCUGCUGAUCUUAGCCAAGGUUUUAAAGUCAAGAAAUUUAUCACCAAAGAUGCAGUACUAUUCCCCAUUCAAAUUGUCUUCGACAGAACUGUGGACGGGGCAACUAAAAGGGUUCGAAGAAUGCUGUUCAACAGAAUGAAUGCUUAUCCGCAGAAGAAGAUAAUUACUUUUAAUAAACAUACCGAUGACUUUGAAUUCAGCGUGAAUUAUGCUGAGUUGGAAUAUUUGCCCGCCGAUGAAAUGGCGGCUGUUGGUAAUACGAAUUUGUCAAUAAUUUCUCUGAGCGGCAUAGCUGAUGCUUUGAGUAAGCAUGCCAAUGAAGGAACUGAAAGCAAAGGAAUCAAGGCGCACUUUGCAAUGGAUGACAGUGGAGUUUUAAAUUUGGCUAAUGUUGAAUUAGUGUUUGAAAAAACAGUUGUUGCAGCUGAGGAAGAAGAGGGUACUUUUUCAAAGCUUGGCUCCACUAUAAGUAAACUGUUUGCAGGAUCAGAUGACAAAGAACCAGCCGAAAAGGUUGAAGAACCAUCAAAAGAAGAUAUUAAACCAGUUCACGAAGACCCAGAUCAACUUGGUGUACAAAAAGAAGCAGAUGCAAAGCCACAGAAUCAAAAUGAGACUCAAACAACUGAAAAUAAACCGAGUAAUAAAACUGAGAAGAUAGAAAAGGAAAAAAAACCCAGCCUAGUUACCCUCAAAGAGCCAAUCCCGUCCACUGAAGUUAGGCUAGGACCAAAGACUCUAGAGGGACCAAAGCUCGCAGAAUCAACGAAAAAAAUUGAGGCUCUAAAUCACCAUGAUUUAGAAAGAACUAGACGCGAAAGAGCUCUGAACAGUCUCGAGGCAUUUGUUAUUGAUGCACAACAGAAAUUGCAAUUGCCAGAAUAUUCCGAAGCUACAAUACCUGAGGAAUCUGAAAAGAUUUUAGCCGCUUGUUCGACAAUUUCUGAUUGGCUGUAUGAAGAUGGAUAUGACGCAGAUGCUGACACUUAUGAACAAAAAUUGGCGGAACUGAAAGGAUUGACAAAUGACUUGUAUGCAAGAGUUUUUGAACAUAAAGAGAGGCCAGAAGCUUUGAAGGGAAUGGUUUCCAUGAUUCAUGGCAGUACUACGUUCCUUGAAAAGGUGGCAAACGUGACCUCCAGCAGUGAAAUAUUUACCCAAGUCGAGUUGGAAACUCUUCAAAAAACUAUUAAUGAAACGCAGGAAUGGCAUGAUAAGGUCGUGAAAGAACUAGCGGAUAUACCUUUAUAUGAACCUGUGAAAUAUACAGUUCGCGAUAUUGCAAAUAAAAUGGCAAUUCUGGACAGGGAAGUAAAGUAUUUGGUAAACAAAGCAAAAAUUUGGAGGCCCAAGCCAAAGGAAGAAGAACCAGCAAAGAAUAAAACAACUGAUAAAUCAGACGAGGCUACAGCAGAAGUACCAGACGGUUCUGAAACGGCAGAGGUUCCUGCUACUGCAGACGAAGCACCUGUAAAGACAAAAGAAGAAGAAGAAGACAAAGAUGACGGAGUUGUAGAGGAAGAACAAAAUAGUAAUGUUGAAAGCAAAGGUGAAACAGAUGAUGGCAGCAUUGAAAUUGGUAGUGAAAAACAUUCGCAGAAUGAAACUGGGGAGACAUUACAGUUGCCAGAACCUGAUCCAGUGAAGACUAAGGAUAAACCUAAUCAAGAGGAGCCGCACCAAGAAUUAUAAGUGAAAAAUGUAUUUAAAAAUGUAUGAAUUUUAAGUAACGUUUGAAUGAUGUGUGUGUUAGCGAAUUAUUCAUUAUCUGCACAUUUCAACGAUCAAGUACAUGUGUUAAAAGUCCUGGAGACCCAUGCAGAAGAUUAUUAUUUAAUUCUCUGAUGUAACUUGAAACGCUGAAUUCUAUAUUGAAUUUUCUAUCUCACAUAGAAUAUAUUGAGGCAAGGAAAAAAGUGUGAUAAAUCAGUCUUUACAUAGGAGAUGAUAAUAUUCCGUGCUUCUUUGAAGUAAAAGAAGUUUUGUCCCUUAGAGCAUAACUCCUUUUUUGUCAUUAAUAUUUUACAUCAUCGGUUUGGUAUCAGUUCUUCUCCACUUUCUAAGAAACUGUACAAUUAUUUCAUCAUGUUCUUUUCAAACCAGUCGUAAAAAACAUAAAUUGGUUGAAAGUAUGUAAAGCUUGAGUUACCAGAGAGAUUCUUAGUCUAGAAUUCGUAAAUGCCUGGGGUCAUAUAAAAUCUCAGUUAUUAGGCUUGGUUAAAGAAGAGAUCGAGAAUGAAUCAUGGUAGCAAUUGGAAUGAUGAACAAUUUAAAUACAAUAAAUAUAUGAAAGUUAAUUGAUAUAACUUAAAUUUGUAACUUUUUAAAAUAUCAUCUCGUUUAGAGUAACAAAGAAGGGUGCAGUGCUCUUAUAUUUUUCGAAUAAUAAUCGUUGAACAACGCACAACUUUAGAUUGACAUUGUCUAUCAAAAUUGAAAACGGAAAUAGUCAUUUCUUAAAUAUCAUUCCAGUUACUAUAGAGCACGAGAAAUAUCAUGAAUACAAUGCAAACAAAGUAGUUCCACAUUCAGAAACAUGACAAAACAAAGGAUUAGUAAUUUUUAUGACAAGAUAUCUCAAAUGAGUUAUUUGGUAAUAAUGUAAACUUAUGUAUGUGAUUAUUGAUACUAUCCUAAAAUUUGCAUUACUGGUCAUUCAUGUACUGUAUUUGCAUGUUAACACAAAUACAACCUAGCGUUGUAAACUCCAUUCCAUUAUAAAAUUAUUCAUAAUCUCGACAGUGAAA